UUGAAACGUCACAGCUGUUCUGGUAGCUAAUCAUAUGUCACGUUACUUGAACCGCAGUUGUUAUCAUCAUAGGAGGAACUAGUUAGCUUUACAUGCCACACUGAAUAAUCGGUGAAGAAUUGGCAAACAUUCAGUUGAAAUCGGAAUAUUUAACUUCACAGGUAGGAGCUAUCAAGUAAGGUAAACGUAACCAUGGAGGAACCAGGUGCUGAUAUAGAGGUGACUGUCAAAACUUUGGACUCCCAGAGCCGAAGUUACACUYUAGGCGGACAGUUGACAGUGAAAGAGUUCAAGGAGCACAUUGCCACUUCAGUUGGGAUUCCUGUGGACAAACAGAGGCUGAUCUACCAGGGCCGAGUCCUGCAGGAUGAGAGGACCCUGACAGAGUACAACGUCGAUGGAAAAGUCAUCCACCUGGUGGAGKGGGCCCCCCCUCAGCCCUCCCAGCCAGGCUCGGGGUCAGGGGGAGCGGAGGCCGGAGCGCCACCCUCCUCUACCACCUCCCAGGGAACGUCCCAAGUGCCCCCACACGACCGCAACGCUAACAGCUAUGUCAUGCUGGGGACCUUCAACCUCCCUGUUAACGUCAUGGACCCUCAGCAGAUUCAGAUGUCUGUCCAGCAAAUGAUGUCAGGUUUGGGUGAGAAUGCUAGGAAUGCCAGAGUCAGCACCAGCACCGGGAGCAAUGGUUCCAUGAAUGUGCACAUUGAUAUGGACCAAUCGGUGCAGAGUGAGCCCAGGCUGAGACUGCUAUUGGCUGAGAACCUGCUGAGGGACACCAAUGCUCUCAUCGAGAGGAUGGAGGAUCAACCAAGCGGCACCUCAACCCAACCGGAUUCUGCUGCUGCUGCACCACCUCCCUCUUCCUCCUCCUCCACUACCUCUCCUUCCACCCAGCCCAUGGACACAUCUCCACCUUCAUCUACUCCCCCUCCAUCCUUCUCUUCCUCRACUCAAACAGAGGGAGCCACCCAAGCUGGACCCAAUCACCCCAGCCCAGCAGAGCUMGUGGAGAUGCUGUCAGAGCUGAGGAGGGUGGAGGAGAGGCUUCAGCCAUUCGUCCAGAGAACACACUCUAUCCUAGAGUCUGCUACCACCGCAGAAUACGCCAACACCGAAAGAGAGGAGGAUCAGCGGAUUCUCAACCUGGUGGGGGAGGCCCUUCGUCUCUUGGGCAAUGCCCUGGUUGCCCUUAGUGACCUGCGCUGCAACCUGCUGAGUCCUGCCCCACGCCACCUACACGUGAUCCGGCCAAUGUCUCACUACACCUCCCCAGUGUCCAUGCCUGGAGCCGUGCACCAUCACAUCCCGCUACAUAUGAACCUGGGAGCCACGGUCACAAUGGCGUCCAAUGGCAGACCAGCUACAGACGGACAGGCCCAGCCCAGUCAGACCCCCGGCCAGUCGGACCAGCCAGGUCAGGGACAGACUUCCCCCUCACAGCCUCCCCCGUCCAAUCAGCAGGCUGGACAGGGACAGCCCGGCCCCCGGGUCAUCAGGAUCAGCCACCAGACAAUGCCGGUGGUCAUGAUGCAGAUGAACACGGACGACUCUGGUGUUCCUCAGGCAGCUGGACAGCCAAAUGUUGCAGGAAUGGGUCAGCCAGGCUUCCAGAUGCCCCCCGGUGUUCAGAUGAACCCAGACUUCAUGCAGUCCAUCGUGCAACAGAUCGCCCAGUACACCGAGGCUGUAGCUGCUGCCACCGGGGGUGCCAUCCCUGGCCAACCCCCCCAGCCUACCCCCCCAGGCUCCACCGCUACCUCUUCCACAACCACCACCGGCCCUAACACCCCCACCACCACCCCCACGGCUCCCCCCCUGCCUUCUCCUGGGGCACCCCAGGCCAGGGUGGUUUUUACCCGGCCCACCUUUGCCCCCAGGGUCCCCCCACCCACAUUUGGCAUGCGGGGGGCCACCAUCAACCUGAGGACUAGCGUGCCGCCCAUGAUGGGUCAGCAACCAGGACAGCCCUUCCCUCCUGCUGCCCUCAAUCAGAUGAUCAGUGGACUGGUGGGACAACUCCUGAUGCCUGGACAGAUGGGCCAGCCCGGAGCCAUCCCCACCAUGCCCCAGGGAGCCAUCCCCACCAUGCCCCAGGGAGCUAUCCCCACCAUGCCCCAGGGAGCCAUCCCCACCAUGCCCCAGGGAGCUCCCCCUGACCUGGCCCAGCUCCUGGGCUCUCUCCUGGGGACAGCAGGGACAGUUCCUGGGGCCAUGGGACCCUCCAUCACUGUGACCAUGCCUGGAGUGCCUGCCUUCGUCCAGGGAGUGUCUGACUUCAUGCAGGCCUCCGGACCAGUCUUCCCACCACCCCCCAACYGUGCRCKKCAGCCCCCUGCCUCUGGCACCCCCACCCCCCCACCCGGGACUACCCCUAACCCUCCCACGGGGGACGGUGCCGGGGCCCAGGGAGAGGCCCUGAAUCCGGAGUUGUUCACUGGGAUUGUACAGGGGGUCCUGUCCACCAUGAUGGGCUCCCUGGGCUCUCCCCAGAGCAACACUGAGAGCAUCGCCCAGUUCAUCCAGAGGCUCUCUGAGACCAGCAACAUCUUCACACCCGGCACAGGGGAUGCCAUGGGUUUCUUUGGAGAUCUACUGACCCUAGUAUGUCAGAACUUCUCCAUGGUGGACCUGGUCUUGCUGCUCCACGGCCAGAACCAGCCCCUGGGCCGCAUCCAGACCCAGCUGUCUCAGUUCUUCACCCAGCAUUACCUCAACGGGAGCGAGCCCACCGACCACAAUGUCGCUGCUGCUGCUGAUGGUCUCAUCAAUGAACUUGAGGAGUACAUUACCGAGAGCUUUUCUUCAGUGGCAGUGUUGGAGGGUGUCAACGUCACUCAGACCAACCUGUCCUUCUUCAGACAGCAGUUAACGCGUAUCGCCACACACAUACUCCGCUGCACAGACAACACGUUUGGGCCGCAGCUGCUGCAGAUGUGCAACCAGGGGCUGUUUGAGUGUCUGGCCCUCAACCUGUACUGUCUGAGAGGAGAGCAGAGUGCCCUCACUUCUGUCAUCAACCACCGCAUAAGGACGUUGUCGGCUGACAUGAACCCCAGCCUGGUGAACUGGCUGACCAGUAUGCUGACCAUGAGGCUCCAGGUCAUCCUGGAGCACAUCCCCGUCACAGAGGACCAGAUACUGCAUUAUGCCGUCCACACUCAGCAGGGGGAGGCUUCUAAUGCACAGGAGCCUCAACGUGCCCAGAUCAUGGAGAUGGAGGCCACCCACUCCCCAGCCCCGGCCACCACAGCUGAGGAAGCUAUGGCGUCAUCACAGGAUACUAGGGCAGAACCCAGGGAAACUGGAGCCACCGGAGGGGCUGCGCCAUUGGGUGGCGCCAUGGCAACAGCUGAAGCCAGCGGGAGGGAGGAGCCUGGUAGAGAGACUGAGGCCUGGACUUCUGCCGUCCCUGCUGAGUGGGUACCCAUCAUCAGACAUGACCUGAUCACCCAGAGGAAGAUGAAGGCCCAGCCUCCCAUGUCUGACGCCUAUUUACAUGGGAUGCCUGCCAAACGCAGGAAGACCGGACAGGGGGACGGCGCUCUUCUCUCCCUCUCCGACGCUGUUAGCAGGGCGGCAAGGACGGCCGGAGUCAGGCCAGUCACUUCCCCAGACAACCUGCAGGAGGAGCUUGACAGCCCUGAYCUCCAAGAGGCCUAUGCAGAGCAGGUGAAGAAAGACAUAAAGAAGCGAGUGAGAGAGGACCCGGACUUCAGCUCUCAGCAGUUCCCCAACACACACAGAGCUUUUUCAUCAGACUCAUAACCCAAACACUUGUUUUGCAACCCAAUGAAAUUUUACACAUAACCAACCUGUAUACAUCAUCACCAUCCUUCAAUUUUACUUUUGGAUUGCUCAGUAUCACAACUGAAUGCAGUUAAACCUACCCAUUUUUUGUUGUACCAUAGAUACCUUAGCAUCUCCUUUUGACUAAAUUACUGAUUUUAUUUUUCCAGUGCCUGUUUUUUUCCCACCCUCCCCAUCAUGGAACACACUUGAUUUGACAAGUUUGUUUGAACUUUAUUUUAUGGAUGACUUUUACAUUUUAGCUUAACAUCUGCAAUGCUCCGUUUUGUUUAGCGUUACCAUGUCAAUAUUAUCGUGCCUAUACAUCUUACCUGUUUUGUGUUUUUCAUUAGCUUCCCUGAAAAUAAAAAUGGCUUAUUUCAAGAAUAUGCUUUCAUGGGAUGAAAGUAAAUGCUGUUUUGGUACAUGAAUGUAAGUGUGCUGAAUAAAUAACUUGGUACACAA